UCUUGAAUUUUUGAAUUAAGAUGAAUACGCUGGAGAGAAGUGGAUCGGGUUCAGUGGUGCAAAGCCCUAGAUCUCCGUCGCCACAAGCGCCGUAUUUAACGGUAUCAGUCACUGAUCCAGCUAAAAUGGGCAAUGGCGUCCAGGCUUAUAUCUCCUACAAAGUUAUCACCAAGACAAACUUUCCAGAAUAUCAGGGGCCUGAGAAAAUUGUUAUCCGACGAUAUAGUGAUUUUGUUUGGUUACGUGAUCGCCUUUUUGAAAAGUACAAGGGUAUCUUCAUCCCUCCCCUUCCAGAGAAAAGCACAGUAGAGAAGUUCAGAUUUAGUGCUGAAUUCAUUGAGAUGAGGCGUCAAGCGCUGGAUGUAUUUAUCAAUCGGAUAGCCUCACAUCACGAGCUUCAGCAAAGUGAGGAUUUGAGAAAGUUUUUGUUGGAAGAUGAACAGAUGAUGGAAAGAGCAAGGUCUCAGGAGACUGGUAUUUUCAAGAAGCCAGCAGACUUUAUGCAAAUUUUCAAGGAUGUACAAUCUAAAGUGAGUGAUGUUGUACUUGGAAAGGAAAAACCAGUUGAAGAAUCAAAUCCUGAGUAUGAGAAACAAAAGAACUAUAUUUUUCAGCUUGAAGAUCACUUGGCUGAAGCUCAGAAGCAUGCAUACCGCCUUGUAAAGAGACACAGGGAGUUAGGUCAAUCUUUAUCAGACUUUGGUAAGGCAGUCAAGCUCCUUGGCAACUGUGAAGGAAAUUCUCUUGGAAAGGCAUUUUCUGAGCUUGGGGCAAAAUCUGAGAUGUUGUCCAUCAAGCUGCAGAGAGAGGCUCACCACCUCUUGAUGAAUUUUGAAGAACCUUUGAAAGAUUAUGUUCGAGCUGUGCAGUCUAUAAAGGCAACAAUAGCAGAGAGAGCAAAUGCUUUCAGGCUCCACUGUGAACUGGCGGAAACAAUCAAGUUUAAGGAAAUUGAUCUGAACAAGCUCAGAUUAAUGCGAUCAGAGAAGUUGGCUGAAGCCGAGCGCGAAUAUGAGCAGCUAAAAGCUGAUGUUGAGGAGUCAAAACGAAAAUUUGAGACAAUUGUGAAGUUAAUGAACGAAGAGAUUGCUCGAUUUCAAGAGCAAAAAACUGUUGAUAUGGGUGUUGCAUUUCAUGAACUUGCCAAGGGCCAAGCACACCAAGCAAAAAGUAUAGCUGAAGCAUGGCGAAGCCUUCUUCCCAAGCUUGAAGCUUGCUCCUAGCAAGAUCCCGGAUGCCUAAAAGAAAAGGAAUCGUCCAAGAAGAGCAUGUGGAUGUCUUAUGUCUCGCGACGUGAAUCCCGGCUCAUGUAGUUGGUUCUGCUGCUCGAGUUUUGUGAAUUGUGGCACAUUUCUGAGUUAGAAAUUGUUGUACAGACCCUGAGCGGAGUGUGAAAGCUGAAGUUCUAAUCUCGUUGCAUGUGAAGAUCUGAUUACUUAAUUAUACCUUCUCUUCAAUUCAUUUUGGUGAACAUAUAAUGUCUUUCGUGGCUUUACUAAUGUGACAAAAUAAAUGUUUUGAUUUUGUAGAGGCAAAAAUCUCGUGGCACAUUUUCAUGAUGUCAUGUUUGGUUAGUCAGAUUUGAUUGUCAUCGUCCAGGAUGAUCUUAUACUGCAUUCGUGCAGGUUGAGUUUGCGACAUGCUUUUAAAGAAGAUUGUUCAAAAUUCUUGUUAGAAGCUUGUUUGAACGAGUCUAGUCCUUUUUCACAUUGGUGAAGGAUGCAAUUUGAUAAAUGGAAGUAAUUGAUUUCGAU